AUGGCGAUCAACUGGAACGAUCCAGUUCUGUUGGCAGCACAGUACUUCGAUUUCAUCAAGUUGCAGCAUGCCCUUGGUGGGGUUUACAUCUGGGAGUUGGUCAUGAGCGGAUGGUACGACUUGCAACUAUUGAAGAAACGACAACGACACGCCUCCGCUAUCUGGGCCAAAUGGGUCUAUCUUGCAUGUCGCUACUGCGCGCUAGGAGCCGUAGUCACUAUAUUUGCUGGUUUCAACGUCACGUUCGAGAUCAAUUGCAAAGUUUGGAUCGUCUUCGUCUUCCUAUGGGCCUUUGCCGCCAUACAACUCGCUUCUACCCUCAUAGCGAUACGCGUAAUCGCAAUUUGGCACAACUCUUUGAUCAUGAUGGGUCUAUGCACGGCCGUUCUCGCUACGCAGUUAGCAUUCUUCUUACAUGAGCUGUCGAAGGCAAAUGCGACUUGGGUACCAGCAGAGUCGACCUGUGUUGUUCUAGAGACGCAGACAAGCAGGGCGAACGUGACCGUGACCCUUCUCACCGACAUCUUCCUCCUACUCGUCAUGCUUGGCGGUUUAUUUAGAUGGCGAGAGGCUCGCUCUUCCGACGUCUGGAGGCUUCUGUGGAAUCAAGGUCUCGUCUGGCUUGCCCUUGCGACCGUGGCUGAAGUCCCGACUGUUGUCUUCGUCUGGCUCAAUCUCAACCAGGUCAUGAAUCUGAUCUUCUUCACGCCCGAGAUGAUCAUCCUCGUGAUUGGAGCAACCCGCAUGUAUCGCAGGCUCUCUAUCCACUUCACGACGGUCUUCGAUCCGAGCACCGGAUACAGUUCGACGACGCGUAGUCAACUGUCGAACAAUCCAGAGAUACCGAUGCGACGCCUACGUGUGCCUGCUACCGAGAUCGCCUUCCGCGAGGUUGUAACCCUGGAGGAUCCUCUCCAAAAGGCAGAGAACAAAUCGCCAAACGAGUGCCGUUCGGACUCGCGAAACGAGAACGCGAAGAUGGGUAUCUUUCCCGACGAGACUUCCCCUGAGCGACGGGUCUGA